UCCUGUUUCUCUGCUGUAGCAUUAGCAACAACAGCAGCAGAGAGAUCAACAGAACGUUUCCGACAGAACCGCUCAUUCUGUGCGUUUUCUCUCGUUUUUAUCUGAAGCUCCGCGUCUCUCUGGGUGUCCUCGGGUUUCUCCGGUCGUGCUCGGGGGUUUUCGGCUGCGUCCAUGCGCGCUCCCGCCUGUGUGUCGCUGCUGUUUCUGUCGCUGCUGCUCAACGAUGAUGCGGCGGCUCGUCACUUCAGUGAGGAGCAGAUGUUCGCUGUCAGACAACGCAUCAAGUCCAUGUUCUACCACGCCUAUGACAGUUACCUAGACCACGCCUUCCCCUAUGACGAGCUCCGCCCACUCACCUGUGACGGACAGGACACCUGGGGCAGGUGUGUUUGUUUACGACACCGUUUUCUUCCGUUGCUGUUGUUUGUUUGUUUUGUCUCAAACGUUUUUUCUCUCGUCCACAGUUUCUCUCUGACUCUGAUCGAUGCUCUCGACACGUUGCUGGUUUUGGGCAAUGGUACAGAGUUCCGUCGCGUGGCGUCGCUGCUUCAGGACAACGUGGACUUUGACAUCGAUGUCAACGCGUCAGUGUUUGAAACCAACAUCAGAGUGGUGGGCGGUCUCCUCUCCGCUCACCUGUUGUCGGGGCGAGCAGGGAUGGAGCUGGAACCCGGUUGGCCGUGUUCUGGUCCACUGCUGAGGAUGGCAGAGGACGCUGCCAGGAAACUGCUGCCUGCAUUUCAGACACCCUCGGGGAUGCCGUACGGGACGGUUAACCUGCUGCGCGGCGUCAGUCCCUCGGAAACGCCGGUCACCUGCACGGCCGGCGUGGGGACGUUCAUCCUGGAGUUUGCGGCGCUGAGUCGACUGACAGGGGACACCACGUUUGAGGACACGGCGCGGCGAGCUCUGAAGUCUCUGUGGACGACCAGAUCUGACAUCGGACUGGUUGGGAACCACAUUGACGUCGUGUCAAAGAAGUGGGUCGCUCAGGAUGCCGGCAUCGGCGCUGGCGUGGACUCCUACUUUGAGUAUCUGGUGAAAGGUGCCAUCAUGCUGCAGGAUGAGGAACUGCUCCACAUGUUCCUGGAAUACGACCGAGCCAUUCAGAACUACACUCGCUUCGAUGACUGGUAUCUGUGGGUCCAGAUGCAUAAAGGCACCGUUACCAUGCCGGUGUUUCAGAGUCUGGAGGCGUUCUGGCCCGGUCUGCAGUCGUUGUUAGGGAACCUGGAUGGAGCCGUGAGAACCUUCCAGAACUAUUACUCUGUGUGGAGACAGUACGGAGGUCUGCCCGAGUUCUACAGCAUCCCUCAGGGUCACACGGUGGAUAAGAGAGAGGGUUACCCACUGAGACCAGAGUUAAUAGAGAGCGCCAUGUACCUGUUCAGAGCCACAGGUGACCACACCUACCUGCAGCUGGGCCUCGACGCGCUCGAGUCCAUCGAGAAGAUCGCCAAGACGUCGUGUGGAUACGCGAGUGUCAAAGAUCUGCGCGAUCAUCAGCUGGACAACAGGAUGGAGUCUUUCUUCCUCGCCGAAACCAUCAAGUACCUUUACCUACUCUUUGACCCUGCCCACUUCCUGCAUGGUGGGGGCACAGAGGGGGGCGGGUCUUGGGAGGAGGGCGGCGAGGGCGGUCAGUGCGUCCUCGGCGCCGGCGGCUUCGUCUUCAACACGGAGGCUCACCCACUGGACCCAGCGGCACUUUACUGCUGCAGCCGCCACCGUCACGACCGCCAGCAGCUGCGAGAGCUCCUGCUGCACCUGUCGCAGCCCGACCGCCAAUCACAGCCCCCCGCCCACAGAGACACAGAGGCCCCGCCCACCGGCCACUCGGACAGCAUUGUGCUGAAAGCUGGCGAGAAGAAGUCGACGCCGCCGCCGCUGUCGUGUCCCGUGCAGCCGUUCAGCGCUCGACUCGCCGUCUUGGGACAGGUGUUCAGCGACAACACCUGACCUCACCCGACCCCAUGAUGAUGUCACCACUGAGGUCAUGUGACAUCCGACUGGAACGAACUGUGUUUACUGUGAAGCUCUAAUUUAAACUGAAGGUGAAAUAUAAUUUUAUUUAUUACAAA